CACACACACAAGACCAGCCAACUCCUCCCAUAUCCAUCAUGUCCUUCCAGGAAAAGUUCACCCACCAAGUCAGUGCACUCGACAAGCACCUCUCCUCCUUCCCCCAGCUCAAUCGCCUUGAGCAGCAAGCAGGCAUCCCUAAGGUCUAUGCUGUCGGCGCAGCAGCUGCCGUCUAUGUCUUUUUUGUCUUCAUGAACUGGGGUGGUCAGCUCCUCUCCAAUUUGGCUGGCGUCGCGCUCCCUACCUACUACUCUCUGAUUGCUAUUGAAUCGGCCGGUGGUAAGGAUGAUACCAAGAUGCUCACGUACUGGGUCGUCUAUGGUAUCUUGACUGUUGUUGAGUACUGGUCCAACACGAUUCUCUACUGGGUCCCCUUCUAUUUUCUGCUCAAGACCGUCUUCCUCCUUUGGCUCGUCAUGCCACAGACUGAAGGCGCAGUCCUCGUCUACCACAAAGUAGUGAGGCCAGCAACCAUCAAGUACACGAAAUCGUCUGCCGUCCCCGCUGAAGCUAAGCCUCAUGGACUUUAAGCCAGCAGCAGGGUAAUCAGCCGUAUUGAAUGACGAUUUCUCGAAUAUGCGAGAGGAUGACAGGGAGGCCCAUAUGCCAGAGACAGAGGUGAUGCCUUGACGGACUAGACCUCAGCCCUCUCCUCACCAUACAAAGUACUUCUGCUCUUUUUAGCUCUGUCUUUAGCUGCCGUACGUAUCGACAUCAUGAUCAGGCCUC